GUAGUAUUUGGCGCGUCUCUGACCGAUUACGUCACAGCUCGUCAUUUCAGUCAGCAUCGAGUCUUCUGAGGAGAGUCGAGCAGUUCACGAUCAGCCCCUUCAACUAAUCUGCAGUUGAGUCUACAAAGCCCCACCCACUUCAGUUCACUGUCAGUGAAGAUCCCCUCCCAUAUCUGUUACAUCUUCAGUGAAGCUCCUCCCACAGCAGUUCUUCAUUAAAUUCAGGAAUAUUCCCAUCAGACGAGCAUCAGAGCAUCAGGAAGAGCUGAAAUCUGCAGCGACUGAGAGGACAGGACAGUGAGAACAUGAGUGAUCCAGAAGAUACUGAAGAACAAAGAGACCUGAUGGAAGAGAGCGAGGAGAGUGAAGAACUGAGUGAAGUAGAGGAGGAACAUCAUGACAAACCUGGAGAAAAACCCUUGAGUCGCUCAAAGACUAAAAAGACAUUUAUAAAGAAAAGAAGAGCCAAGAAAUCUACAACCUGCACUCAGUGUGGAAAGAGUUUAUCAACAAAGCAAAGUCUUGAGUAUCACAUGAGAAUCCACACCGGAGAGAAGCCGUUUACAUGUGAUCAAUGUGGGAAGAGCUUCACACACAAACAAACCCUUAAAGGACACAUGAGGAUCCACACCGGAGAGAAGCCGUUCAUAUGUGAUCAGUGUGAGAAGAGUUUCUCAAAUAAACAACAUCUUAGGGUUCACAUGAAAGUUCAUACUGGAGAGAAGCCGUACAUAUGUGAUCAGUGUGAGAAGAGUUUCAUGAGGAAAGAUGGUCUUGAGAGUCACAUGAGGAUCCACAGUGGAGAGAAGCCGCACACGUGUGAUCAAUGUGGAAAGAGUUUCAAACACAAACACACCCUUAGAGAACACAUGAGGAUCCACACUGGAGCAACGCUUCUGUACGCUUGUGAUCAGUGUGGGAAGAGUUUCACACACAAAAAAUCCCUUAAUGUUCAUGUGAAUAUCCACAAAGGAGUGAGACCAUUCACAUGUGAUCAGUGUGGAAAAACAUUUAACGGGGAUCUAGCUCUGAAGAAACACCUAAGUAUUCAUACGAAGGAGAAGCCACAUUCAUGUUCUUUGUGUGGAAAGAGAUUUUCACUGCUGGAAUAUUUACAUAAACAUCAGAAAACACACACUGGUGUAAGAGAGUACAUGUGCUUUGAGUGUGAGAAGAUUUUUUCUACAGCAAACAAUUUAAAACUCCACCAGAGAAUUCACACUGGAGAAAAACCUUACAAGUGUUCACAUUGUGACAAUAGAUUCAGUUGUUUAACAAAUCUGAAAGGACAUGAAAGGAUCCACACUGGAGAAAAGCCAUAUAAGUGUUCACACUGUGAAAAGAGAUUCAGUCGGUCAUCAUCUCUGAAAAUGCAUGAGAUGAUCCACACUGGAGAAAAACCUUACAAGUGUUCACACUGUGACAAGAGAUUCAAUCAGUCAGCAUCUCUGAAAGCACAUGAGAGGAUCCACACUGGAGAGAAACCUUACAAGUGUUCACACUGUGACAAGAGAUUCAGUGAAUUGGGACAUCUGAAAACACAUGAGAGGAUCCACACUGGAGAAAAACCUUACAAGUGUUCACACUGUGACAAAAGAUACAGUGUGUCAACAGAAGUAAAAAUACAUGAGAGGAUCCACACUGGAGAAAAACCUUACAGGUGUUCACACUGUGACAAGAGAUUCACUCAGUUAGCAAAUCUGAAAACACAUGAGAGGAUCCACACUGGAGAAAGACCUUACAAGUGUUCACACUGUGACAAGAGAUUUACUCAGUUAGAACAUUUGAAAGCACAUGAGAGGAUUUGAAGAAAAACCUCACAAGUGUUCAAACUGUGACAAGAGAUUUAGUCGGUCACAACAUCUGAAAAGACAUGAGAGGAUUCACACUGGAGAAAAGCCGCACACAUGUGAUCAGUGUAGGAAGAGUUUCUCUAUUAAAAGUCACCUGAAGAAACACAUGAAGAUCCAUACAGUGGAGAAACUGGAUCUCCUUGAUCCUCGCCGGACAAGAUCUGAUGGACGAAAACAAGAAAAGAAAAACAGAAGACAAAAGUGUAAAAAACGCUUCACAUGUAAAUCAAGGCUGAAGAUUCACAUGAGAGUUCACACUGGGAAGAAACGAAUCAGUGAAAUCACAUCUGCCUUCUUGUUCUGAAGAAACGCCAUUUAACUGUGAUCAGUGCGGUGAACAUUGAGCAUCAGUCCUGAAGAAACACCUGAAGAUUCACACAAAGGAGAAGAUUUAUUCGUAAUAAUAUAGCAGAAAUUACACAGCACUAUGUGUUGAAACCUUAGAAACACAUGAAAGGAUUCUCACUGGAGAGAAACACAUCAGCGUUUGAUCAAUGAUCUAGUCUACAGUCUCGAUCACAGUAACUAGAUCAUCUCUAGAUCCAGCAGCGACACCAAACGUUACAAGUCUUGAAUUUCACUUUGAGUCGACAACGAACUAGAUGUAGUUUCAAAGGGUGUAUGUUUUCAGCCCAGUCUGUCCUGUAAAUGUUUUUGUACACCCUCAUGUUUUCCUGACAUAACCUUGGAAAUACUGCUUCAUUUUCCAAUAAAUCAUUAAAAAGUUUUAUUUUAAAGUAUUAGACUAUUAUGAAA